GUUAUUCAAAGACACCAGUACUGAGGGUUGUAUAUCUUAAAAAUAGAUAACUUAUGGAAAGUUGUGUGUUUUUCUCUUUGACCAUGCUGCUGUUUCCCAGGUGGUAUAAUGUUUAAACAUAGCGCACAGUGCAUGGGAAAAUCCUUGAGAGAGGGUUAGAUAAAGAAUUGCAGAGUUAGCUACUCAACUGGUCGGCUAUAAAAACCCACUGUGUCCAGUCCUGUGGUGUGUGAGCUCAGUAGGUGCAAUCAUGAAGUACUUCAUUCUCCUGGCCUUGUUUGCUGCAGCUUUUGCUGCUCCCAUUGAUGAUGAGGAUGACAAGAUUGUUGGAGGCUACGAGUGCAGAAAGAACUCUGUUCCCUACCAGGUGUCUCUGAACGCUGGCUACCACUUCUGUGGAGCUUCCCUGAUCUCCAGCACCUGGGUGGUGUCUGCUGCUCACUGUUACAAGUCCCGCGUCCAGGUGCGUCUUGGUGAGCACAACAUCGCUGUCAAUGAGGGCACCGAGCAGUUCAUCAACUCUGCCAAGGUCAUCCGUCACCCCAGAUACAACAGCCGCAACCUGGACAAUGACAUCAUGCUUAUCAAGCUGAGCAAGCCCGCCACCCUGAACAACUACGUCCGCACCGUUUCCCUGCCAUCCAGCUGCGCCAGCUCUGGCACCCGCUGUCUGAUCUCUGGAUGGGGCAACACCAGCAGCUCUGGAAGCAACUACCCUGAUCGCCUGAGGUGUCUGGAUGCCCCCAUCCUGAGCGACAGCAGCUGCAGGAGCUCCUACCCUGGACAGAUCACCUCCAACAUGUUCUGUGCUGGAUUCCUGGAGGGAGGCAAGGACUCCUGCCAGGGUGACUCUGGUGGCCCCGUGGUGUGCAAUGGUCAGCUGCAGGGUGUGGUGUCCUGGGGUUACGGCUGUGCCCAGAGGAACAAGCCUGGAGUCUACGCCAAGGUCUGCAACUACAACUCCUGGAUCCGCAGCACCAUGUCCUCCAACUAAAGAAUCUCAAACUAUGACAGUUUCAAUAAAAAUAAAUUAUUAACAUGAACCUCACUCUCUGUCAUU